AAGCCGUAUCAAUAAUUUAGAGUUGUGCUCCUAACGAUUCAUUGAGAGCUAUAUCAAAAAAUAAAUUUUAAAAAAUAAAAUAAAAUAAAAUAAAAUAUGGACACGGAUAAUCCGUGGCAUACCUCUACUCCACGUUUUCUUUUUUAAAGAAAUUUAUAUAGUAAUAGCAUUCCGUGCCAGCACCACCGCUCGGACCACUUUCCUCUCUCUUUCCUGAAUUAUAUAUACCUUUUAUUUACUCAACUCUUCACCGGCCCCCAAUUCCCAAGCUUUACCUUCAGCAUCAACCAUGCCCUCCACCAAUUCCUCCCUCUUCCUCUGCCUAUUCCUCGCGGCCACCUCGUUAAACCUCAUCAUUGCCGCCGACCCUGAUAUGCUUCAAGACCUCUGCGUCGCCGAUCUCAACUCCGCUGUGAGGGUUAACGGGUUCCCGUGCAAACCGGCGACGAAUGUGACGGCGUCCGACUUCUUCUUUGCUGGCCUGGCCCAUCCCGGCGCAACCAACACCACAAUGGGUUCGGUGGUUACGGCGGCCAACGUGGAGCGGAUCCCUGGCCUCAACACCCUUGGCGUCUCACUGUCGCGCGUUGACUACGCCCCGGGAGGGCUCAACCCGCCUCACGUCCACCCUCGCGCCACCGAGAUUGUCUUCGUCCUCACGGGGGAGAUAGAGGUAGGAUUCGUGACAACGGCGAACAGGGUGGUGGGGAGGAGGAUCGGGCAGGGGGAGGUGUUCGUCUUUCCGCGGGGGCUAGUCCACUGGCAGCGGAACGUGGGAUCGACGCCCGCAGCAGCGAUCGCGGCUUUUAAUAGUCAGCUGCCGGGGACUCUGGGCGUGGCGGCGGCGCUGUUCGCUUCGGAGCCGCCGGUGGCGGACGAGGUGCUGGAGAGGGCGUUUCAGAUCGGAGCAGGGGAGGUUAGGCGGAUUAGAAGACGCCUCGCGCCCCAUUAGGCAGUAAUUUCACCGAGUUCGUGACUUAUUUAACCGGACAUGUCGUCAGAUGUUAUCAUUCUUGGCUGGCGCAAGAAAGUUGUAUUGCUUUGGCUCACCAAAGAUGCUUUUCGGUACAUUUUCAAUUCAACAUUUUCAGUAUUAUUUUUUUUUUCUC